CGUUGCCCAGGUUUGCUUAGGGCGUGGCAGCUGCAGAUAAAGGCAGGACUCAGGCGGAACUACACCGUCCACACAGCCUGGGGAGCCAACGGGUCUGAGUUCUCACCUUGCACCCACUGCACUCCUCAGCUCUUGUCUCUCAGCCUUCAAUGCCAGCCUUCCUACCCUGGGGCCGGCUCCAUCAUGCAGCAAGUGGCCCUGAGCCUGCUCCUCCUCCUCCUGGCAGGCCUGCCUGCCCUGGAUGCCAACGACCCGGAAGAUAAAAACAGUCCAUUUUACUAUGACUGGCACAGCCUCCGAGUCGGAGGGCUCAUCUGUGCAGGGAUUCUGUGCGCCAUCGGCAUCAUCGUCGUCAUGAGUAAGUGGAGGAGCGCCAGGGAGUGGGGAGGGCAGGGCUGUGGGUCCCCUCUCCUGACCAUUCCCCUCUCCCCAACAGGUGGGAAAUGCAAGUGCAAGUUCAGCCAGAAGCGCAGCCACCGACCAGGGGACAUCCCACCUCUCGUCACACCAGGCUCUGCUCAUAACUGUUGAGGAUGGAUCCAUGAAAGAACACAGAGGGCCUCUCUCUUUCCCCAUGUCCUGGUCUGCGUAGGAACCUAACUCCAGGAUGGAAUCCCCUCCUCUCCUCAGACCACCUUUCCAGACCCCAUCUCACUUUCACUGUAAGGGUCUCUUUGUUCAAUAUUUGAUCUACAGUGAGCUUGCCUCCUGCCCA